AUGAGUUUCAUACCAACAGGAAUUGUAGAACAUCAACAUAGACGUCUGAACCCUUUAACGGGUCAAUGGAUUUUAGUGUGUCCCCAUCGUAUGCUGAGGCCUUGGUCGGGACAGCAAGAAUCAGCCCAGAAGAAUGAUUUACCCGAGUUUGAUCCUAGUAAUCCAUUGUGUCCUGGAGUCACUAGGCCGAAUGGUGUGAAAAAUCCCAACUAUGAAAGCACAUUUGUUUUUACAAAUGAUUUCCCGGCUUUAUUGGAAAAUAUUCCGGCACCACCGGAAAGCGAUGAUCCUCUGUUUCAAGCCGCUGCUGCAAGAGGAACAUGUCGUGUUAUGUGUUUCCAUCCAAAGUCCAAUCUAACCUUACCGUUGAUGACACCAUUGGAAAUAGGAGUGGUAAUCGACGAAUGGAUAAAUCAAUACAACGAAUUGAGUGCAAAAUACACAUGGGUGCAGAUUUUCGAGAACAAAGGUGCUGCUAUGGGUUGCUCCAACCCCCAUCCCCAUUGUCAGAUUUGGGCUUGUUCAUUUUUGCCAUCAGAGCCAUCGGUUAAAAAUGAUAACCUCAAAAAAUAUUAUCUGAAAUACAAAAGACCAAUGCUUAGCGAUUACGCAGCCAAAGAAGUGCUACGUAAAGAGCGAAUCGUUAUUGACAAUCCAGAUUGGUUGGUGGUGGUGCCAUAUUGGGCUGCAUGGCCAUUUGAAACAAUGAUUAUAUCGCGUAACAACAACAAACGCAUCAACGACUUAACCGAACAGCAAAAAAAGAAUUUGGCUUUGGCCAUUAAACAGCUGACGACCAAAUAUGAUAAUUUGUUUAAAUGUUCUUUUCCAUAUUCCAUGGGUUUCCAUGGUGCCCCAACUGGUGAUAUGUUAGCAGAGGAUGCAAGUCAUUGGACUUUACAUGCAAUUUACUAUCCACCACUGUUGAGAUCUGCCACAGUUAGAAAAUUUAUGGUUGGUUUUGAAUUGCUAUGUCAAUCCCAGAGAGAUUUAACGGCGGAACAAGCAGCUCAGCGAUUACGAGAGUUAGAUGGAGAGAAACACUAUUUGAAGGAGUAA